AUCAGAAUUUGCUUCACUAUCAAGACGAUACAGAGUCAUCUCGACAUCUGCACUGCCAGUUGGCGAGCUUCGUUCCGCCUAUACCACCGUUCAGUGCACUCGCAGGCUGGACAGGCCUCACGAGUGCGUAGCCUGUCCAACAUGGCUUCUGGACAUUCCAAUUGGGUCAGCAACCCGGACGAGGACCGCGGGCCCAUGGUCGCAGCCGUGCUCUGGUGCCUCACAGCCGUGACCGGCUUCAUCCUUGGGCUCCGCAUCUACGUUCGCGUCUCUCUGCGUCGCGUGCAAUUGGACGACGUCAUUCUCCUCUUCGCCUGGUGCACCCUGCUUGUAGUGUCGAUUUUGAACCAGCUCCUUGUCAAUCUUGGCUUCGGCAUGCAUUCACUUGAUGUACCCUUCGGAAACCUCAACCAGAUCGCUACGCUGGGCGCCAGUGGCCUCACAGUCUCUACCAUCGGCAUCAACGCCGCCAAAAUAUCCUUUGCAGUCACACUGCUUCACCUCACCAAGAAUCUCUGGAAAUGGACGAACUGGCUCAUUUGGGUUGUCAUAAUCUCUCUGGUCCUGCUGGCUGUGCCAGUCGCGGUUCUGCCAUGGGUUCAGUGUCGACCUUUGGUCAAAACCUUCGUCGACUUCUGGCCUGGCGAGUGUAUCGACAAGGCUCAUUCUGUGCGUUAUGGCACUAUCCAGGGUGUGUAUUCUGCCAUUACCGACUUCACUCUCGCACUGCUGCCAUGGAAGAUUCUGUGGGCGCUUCAAAUGCGCCCGAUCGAGAAGGUGGGCGUUGGCAUUGCCAUGAGCCUUGGCAUGGCUGCCGGUGCCAUGGCCAUUCUACGUAGCAUGGCACUCUACAAGCUUUCAUCAAUCGACGUCUCUUACGACGGUGUGGUUUCAACCAUGUGGGCCACUAUCGAGCUUUCGGUGACCAUAGUCGCCGCCUGCAUCCCAGUUUUGCGCGCAUUCGUCAAGGAGCAGGUAUCGACCAUACGGACUGGUCUCAGCAAGAACUCGCGGCUUAAGAGUACCGCCCGCGGGACUGCAGGGAACUCUCGCGCGGGCGGCUCAACGGCUUACCAGCUCACGCGGAUGAGUGGCAGGUUUGAUGCUCAUAAGAACGGGAGGCAAUGGUUCACAGUCGCGGAGUAUGAGAGUGAGAACGACGCCUUCGAAAAUGGUGACCAAGGUGAUAAGAUGAGAAUCUUGCCCGAAGACGCCAAGAAGGAAGACGUCCUGACGACGACAGCCAGCAGCGCUUACAGCACGAACGAGUGAGUCCACUUCGCCCGAGCUAACUGCUGAGCGAUACAAUGCUGGAGCGAACAAGCAAUCUACUCUGUUGGUGUAGGGAGCAUAUGACCAAGGACGAUCUUCAUUCUUCUAUGCAUGCUGCGAGGACUGACAGCGUGGUGUGCAUGCUUUACGUGUGAUUUGGCUCGAGCGGCAGAAGAUCUGGGUCUGGGAAGGCGUUUCCCCAUAUCAACAUCGUGGGGACCAAGUAAUACAGUACGACCAGAUUAAAUGUCGUUGUCCGAAGGUCGUACUGU